AUGCACAUAACGCUUUCCCAGGAACGGACAGCAGCUCUGAACCAGCUCUAUCGCGCAAUCGUCACUUCUCCAGAGCCGCUGCCAGACACUCUUUUCGCCUUGAAUAUCCAGGAUCGGCCGAUGGCACAAUCAUGGUCAUAUGCGCGUCCAGCCGAUCCCACAGCCACCAAGGCGGGGGACUUUCUCAUGCCGCACUUUGCCUUUUGGGCAUGGCCGCUUAAGUAUAUCGGAUCUGUGGACCGGGCACUGACUGCGAUCACCGAGAUCGAAGCGAAUCGGACAUUCCACGCUAAGAUUCCACAAGCUGUCUGGCGCGGCACACCUUGGUUCAACAACGUGCAAAACCAUGAUCUCCGCAAGCGACUAAUUCAGGUUACCACGGGCAAACCGUGGGCGGACGUACAAGCCUUGAGAUGGGAAACCAACGGCCAGACGGCCAGUAACGCUUGCCGCUCCAUCAUUCUCACGCCGCCCAUGGCAUGGAUGCUGCACACCACACAUCUCGUACGACCAGUUUUUUCGAGCACAUUAUUGCAGACAGAGCCCAAGCUGGGCCCUCCCCAUCAGUCGGAUCGCAUCAAGCGAUCCUGGCCAACUGAUAUUGAUGCCAGGGAUGCCAACCUGGUGAUGGUCUCACCGGACUGGUCCGACCUCGAAACUACCAUCGCAUGGUUGGAGAAUCAUCCAACAAUAGCGCAAGGCAUCGCUGAUCGACAGCGUGAGCUGUUCUACGACGGAGGAUAUCUGAGUCCUGCCGCUGAGACGUGCUACUGGAGAGCAUUGAUCAGGGGCUGGAGCAAGGUUGCAGAGCCCGAGGGCAGGGAGUGGACUGAACACAAGGGUGUCAGAUGGGAGCUCUUUAGUCUGGGAGAAUUCCAAUAG